CGCAUUGGCCACACGUUUCAUUAUUGGCGGCGCUUGCGACAUUUCUCUAUGCAGCAAUAACGUCAACCGGCUGUAUGAGCUGUUUGUAUGCAAACUGUCACUAAACUUUCUCAAUUUCAGGAUAUUUAUGUACUUCUUUAAUUAACCGACUUUACAAGUGAGAGUAGACGAUUUAUUUACAGCAAAGCGUUAAGGACUGAAACAGGGGACGACGAAAAGGUCUAUCCACUCAGUACAUGGAAAUACUCGUGUUUUUUUCGCAAGAUAACUUUCUACUGCUGAAAUGACCAACCUGGUCUACACAUCUCCAGUUAUUAAGGCCUCUCUGUUUAUUCUCUUGUGUUCCGAAAUUGUGAGACCAUCACAGGCAAUAAAUGUAUGUCAGUGUGAUGUCAAGUCCAAAUGUGACUGUGAUGGUGUGAAAGGAGAAAGGGGUGCAAAGGGCUUCCCAGGGAUAGCUGGUCCUCAAGGAAGAACCGGUUUCCCAGGGACUGAAGGACCUCCUGGAAUUCAAGGUCCAAUAGGGGAAAUGGGAAGACCUGGUCUUACAGGUUCUAAAGGGGCUCAGGGCUCUCCUGGAGAACCGGGAUUCGCCGGACAACCUGGGCAGCCGGGAAUCCCAGGAAAACCAGGGAAAAUGGGACUUCCAGGAGUCCCAGGAUGCAAUGGGACAAAGGGUGACUUGGGAUCCCCAGGGUGUAUUGGUCCAUCUGGAUAUAAAGGACCUCCUGGUCCCCGAGGACCAGCUGGACCCAAGGGUGCCUGCUAUUUCUUUGAAGAAAAACAGGCAGUAAAAGGUGAAGGUGGACUGCCAGGAAUAAAGGGGAAAAUAGGUCAACCAGGAAAUCCCGGCAUUCUCGGUGCACGUGGACUGGCAGGGCCAUGUGGCAGGACGGGACCACUGGGACAACCUGGUGCACUAGGAGAAAAGGGCAAAGAAGGGCGUCCUGGUGCUCCAGGAUCUCAAGGGCAGAAAGGUAGUCAAGGCCCACAGGGGACACCAGGGAAGGAAGGAAAGAAGUUAUUCAUAGAAGGACACCGAGAACUAAAGGGUGAGCUAGGAGACCCAGGAUUCAAGGGCCACCGUGGUAACCCUGGUUCACCUGGACAUUUCGGGUUAAAGGGAGUAAAAGGUCUUCGGGGAGAUUGUGGCCAAGAGGGGCCACCUGGGAAGGCAGGAGUGUGUGGGUCCUGUGGUGAUUGGGGAUCAAAAGGAGCAAAAGGUUGCACUGGCGAAAUAGGGGCACCGGGGGCACCAGGCUACAGAGGAGACUCAGGGCCCACUGGUCUCCCAGGAGAACUGAUUAAGAUGCCCAGGUAUAUUAAAGGAGAGACAGGAAUACCUGGAUAUCCAGGUCUCAAGGGAAAGCAGGGUCAUGAAGGUUUAUGUGGUUUAGCUGGUGCACAAGGCCCGCCAGGUUGGGAGGCCCCUGGUCCCCCUGGAGUGCGGGGCCCUCUGGGGUGUAUUGGUCAGAAAGGAGAGAAAGGUGACUGCGCUGCCCCCGUCAUUGGUCUGCCAGGAGCGUGUGGGCCUCGAGGAGUGGCCGGUCCCCCUGGUGACCCAGGACCCCCUGGGCAAGCAAAUCCUCUAGAAGGCCGAUUAGGACCCCCAGGGAAACAGGGACAGAAGGGCAUAACAGGGUGCCAAGGAGUGAAUGGAAAAAUUGGACCACUUGGUCAAAAGGGUGAAACUUGCACAGUGUGUCGUUUACCACAUUAUAACCCCGCCCCCCCAGGGCCCCCUGGAGAACCAGGCAUAUGUGGAUUGAAAGGUGAAGAUGGAAUGCCUGGUCCAAAAGGUAUCCAUGGUAGAAAAGGGAUUCAAGGUCCACCUGGUCUACCGGGCUCCAUUGGCUUUCCUGGUCCAAGAGGCCCACCAGGGGUAAAGGGGGUUAUGGGCACCUACAAUCAGAUGGGGGAGAAGGGGGACCAAGGAUUGUCUGGACAACGUGGUGUCUCUGGAAUGUGUGGUAAAGAUGGGGUCCCUGGGUGUCCAGGAGCCAAGGGCCAGCUGGGUCCGAAAGGCUGUCUGGGACCUCCAGGCCUAAAAGGAGAGCCAGGCCCCUUGGGGUUUCCUGGAACACAUGGACCUCAAGGAAGAAAGGGGGUGCAGGGUUCACUUGGCUAUGGGACACCAGGAUUCAAAGGACAGAAGGGAAUCCAAGGUGUUGAAGGUCUUCGAGGGAGACCUGGAGAGCCAGGGGAGAAGGGGUCUGAAGGCAGAAUAAAGGCAACUCCUGGAGAUAGGGGCCCUACAGGAGAAAAUGGAAAACAAGGAUGCCCAGGGCAGCUAGGAGAUCCUGGGAGCAGUGGUUACAGAGGUCAUACUGGUCCCUGUGGCAACAAGGGAGAAAAAGGACCAUCUCAUCCAGGUCCAAUUGGACUUACUGGUACCAAAGGUGAUAAAGGCCAACCAGGCAUUCCAGGUGUAAGAAGCAUGGGUCUCCCAGGACGAGUGGGACUGAAUGGGUCCCCAGGGAUGACAGGGCUAAAGGGAAAAUGUAAUGUAGGACCACAAGGGUCCCCUGGUCGGCAGGGCCCAUCAGGGGAUGAUGGCAGUCCUGGGCCUGCAGGUGACUUUGGGAAGCGAGGUGUGCUGGGUUCUCCUGGAUAUUUUGGCCGCGAUGGAGAGUGUGGUGAACAGGGGAGAAAAGGAUGCGAUGGGUUUUGGGGUCCACCUGGAGAUCCAGGGACAUGUACAAAGGGAUCUGAGGGCCUUGUAGGGUGUAUUGGUCAUAAUGGACGCAACGGUGAAACAGGGCCAAGAGGACAUAAAGGGGUAAAAGGAAGCCCUGGGGAACCAGGACAGGGUGUUCUAGGUCCAAUUGGGGAACCAGGAUGCCCAGGAUUCAAUGGAUCACUUGGCUCAAGAGGACCUAUUGGGCUGAAAGGGUUUCCAGGCCUAAGUGGUCUUCCUGGGUGCCCCGGGCUCAGAGGCCAACCUGGAAGCUCAGGUAAUACUGGACAUCCAGGGCUUGAUGGCUUACCUGGUUCCCCGGGAGAUCCUGGAAUAAAAGGAACCAUGGGCUGCACUGGGCCAAAGGGCUGUCGAGGCAGCCCAGGACCUGCUGGGGAGCGAGGGGACCCUGGACCUUACGGGGUGACGGUCAGCAUUGAUCUUUUGGGAGAUGACGGGGACUCUGGUAAUUCAGGCAUACAAGGGUGUAUUGGCCCUAAAGGAGACCCAGGAAGUCAAGGACUGUGUGGGCAAAGUGGGAAGGAUGGUAACCCUGGAUAUCCUGGCCAACAAGGUGCUUAAUUUUAUCCUUCAAUUAUAUUGCAUUUAAGGUCUACUUGAUGUAUAAGACCAGCACUGACCUGCCCUAUAGGUGACAUAGGUGAUUACCUAGGUUUCCAUUUGAUUAGGGGGUGCAAAAGAGUGAGUGAAAAAAAAUCAGAAGAAAUACCUCUGUUUGAAUUCUGUGACAUUACAAUCAUUUGCACCAUUUUAAUUUU